UUCUAAGUGUCGGGUUGAACGACGUCUUCGUUAUUAAUACAAUGGAAUAUUAAGUAUAAUCAUUACAGUUACUUUGAAUAGUUUAUUAUUUUAUUACAUCCGAUUGUGAUAGAAUUAAAGAUUAUCAAUAGAUUUAAAGACUAAAUCUGUGCUGUGAAAUAAAUGUUCGAUAUCAAUAUACAUACUGUAGUUUGAAAAUAUAAAUCUUAGUGUAAAUAGGAUCAUCAAAGUAGGAAAAAAUUUGAAACAUGUCAUCGAGUGGUGAAUUUUCAACACUUUCAAGUGGUGAAGCUACGGGCACUGGCGAUGAUUCUCUGCCAAGUUCAAGAAAAGCAACAGCAGAAGUUGCUGGAUCAAGUGGUGGAUUUGUGCCUCUCAGGGAGUUUCUCGAUAGAUUUUCAUUACCGAGAGUUGUGAAAGUUGAGGAUGCUGGAAGUCGACCGAUACUUUUGUACAAACAACAACAACGAUCAUUGAGGGUGACUGCGACUCUUCUGAUGCAUCGUUAUCGACAUGAUAUUAAAGUUGGUCCAGAAAUAGUCAUUCCCGAAGGAUAUCCUGGUUGGUUUUCUGUUGUGCCGAAUAACAGUCGUACCGGUAGUGCAAGAGUUUACAGAAAAAUUAGUGCUUUAGUAAGAGCGGGUGUUCCGGCUUUUCUUCUGGCAAAACCUCUGCGAGCUUACACUCUUACUCACUCGAAAAUGGAAAAUGGAAAUUUGAGAGCUCAUUAUAUAAAAACAAUAGUAAGAGCAGGUGAAGUAUUACGUUUGGCAGCAGUAUUUCAGGAUACUAGAAAAGUGCCAAUAACUACUGAAGUAACCACGAGUGAUACUUCAAAGAAGAAGAAUUCAAGGUUGUCCGAGCGAGAUCAGUACGCCCAAUGUCUUGACUCUCAAGGUCACGAACUAUUCGUGCCUCUCUCUUCUAGAAGUGAAUUUUACGCAACAUGUCAAAGUGGUAGUCUAGACACCGGAAGUGAUGCAGUCCUUUACAGAGUUCAUCAAUUAGCCAAAAGAGAUUUACCAUUACGAGUACGAUUAGUUGCAGGUCCCCUACCGAUUUCAUUGCCACGAGAUUACAGUGGGUUGAUGCAACUUGAAAAUGCAACGCAAGGUCCCAUAGUAUUGGGAUGUGCUGUACCAUUGAUACCAGAUCGACCCUUAUCUAACAUUGCCGUUCCAGAGCUUCUGGAAUUGGUUGCAACCGGUCCCGGUGCACCAAGAGUCAAACGAGAUCGAUUAGGUUGCCCAUCUGAAUCGAGACUACUUGCAUCUCCAAAAAUGCAACGAUUACUUUCAGCGUGCAGACGUGCCUUAGAUCAGAGAGCAACUGAACCUCGUGUAGCACCACCAAAACUGAUAAAUAGUGGUAAUCAACUGACAGAACUGCAUUUAAAAGAAAUAAAAUUUCAGUCUGAAGCAAAACCAAUUUUACAGAGUUUAAAAGUAAGCUUAGAACACAUGGAAAAAACAACAAUUCGUGAUCGAAUUUAUUCCAGAAGUAGUGGAAAUUCAACUAAUCAAAGUUUCCUCGAGCGAAUUACAAAAAUUACUCACAGUAGUAAAAGCAGAAAUCCAGCAAAAAAGUCCGCAUCUUUUACCUUUGCUGUUCGACCAGAAAUUGGUAUGAGGGUACCGGAACGAUACGGUAGCCUUGAAUCGGAUACAAAUGCAUUAACACUAAGUGCACAUAACGAUAAUGCAUCGAGACAGCGUGUACAGAGAUCCAUAUCGACAAGUGUUCUUGAGAUCCAAACAAAAACCGACUCAGACCCGCCUUACUCAAAAGUUAGAGACAGCUUGACUCCAUUUCCAUUGACACCACCUCUUAAGUUAGAAGAUAUUUACUCAGAAAUUUGUGAACCCAAGGACAAUCACUCUGGGAAAAUUAACUGCCGAUCGCCAAAAAUAAAUUCAUCACUUAGUAAGUUAUGUGCCAAUGAGAUAGAUCGAGGUUACGUAAAACUUGCUGCACAUUCAGAAGUAUCAGAUGUGUUGAGUGCUCCAAUAGAGGAAGAAAAUAUUUAUAACACUGUGUGUUGAGCACCAGAGAAAAAAAAAUUUAGCCUUAGAAUUUCUUUCCUAAGAUGAUAGGAACGAGAUUUACUUGCUAGCUCCAUUGAAAGGAGUGAAGGAUAUUAAAACAUAAAGAUGUGCAUAAAUAUCUCAAGUGCUUCGUGAUUGCUCUGAAUCAAUUCACCUAAAAAGGGAAGAGGUAAUUAUUUAAAGCAGUUCAGUCAACGAUCCAGCCUUCUGUGUAUUUUUAUGUGAAGAUCUUUGUAUAUUUCUUCACGCAAAAAAAUUAAUUAUAAAAAUUAAUAAUUGAUAACUCAAAAUUUAGAAUGUGGUCACAAUUUAAUAUCAUUUCCAACAGCAAUUUCGUGGUUUUAUACAAUAAAUUAUAAUAAUCUCAAUUUAAAUAUUGAAAUUUAAGGUUUAUAUGUAAAUAAAUCAUGUCAUAAAUAAUAGAAAUUACUGCUUGGUAGAUAAAAAAAUUAAAUUAUAAUAAUUUAACGUUUUAGCUUCAACAUUCGCUGUUUGGAACAUUGAAGUUUAUAAUAAAAAAAAGUAAAAAAUCAUUCAGUAUGAUAACUAAAAUUUUCCAUGUCGAGCAAUUGAUUUUAUAUACAACGUUGUAUAAUUAUUACUUUCUUUAAAUUGUCAAGAAGUAUAUCUUAAGCGCAUCAAUUUUUAUAGUUUUAAGCGAUAAAAUUUUACUUGUGUUUGUAGACAUCCAAUGUAUAUGUGAAAGAAUUCACCUUAAGUAUUACUGAUGCGACUAUAUCUACAUGGCAAGAUGAUGUAUUUUAUCAUUUCAAACAAUAAAAUUUAAAGACCAAGA